CAAUUUUCGUCUUCGACAAGAAAGCUUUUCAACAAUACAUAUUAUAUAGCUUUAUUUCUUGACAAAAAUACAACGUAUUUGUAGAGAAAUACAAGCGGAAAUAAACAGAAAUGACUCAAGUUAUUUCUCAAAACGGAGACGGUUCGAGAACGUAUACAUUCGCGAGCCAACCGCGGCCUGUAAAGCAGAGAACAAAGUACAGAGAUCCCGAGGCCUAUGAGUAAGUUGUAGUUUAGUGAAUUUAUAUAAUUUGCCUUGCUAUUAUAAUACAAGAAGUUCUUUCAAAAGGAACAGGGGUAUAUAAUGAAGACAUUUAAAGGUUCUACUCUUUGACGCUUUUUGUAUCACAAUAAAUUUACCUGGUUUCACAAAAACAAUUUGAUAUUUUUUAAAAAGAAAAGGCAGUUCGUGGAUGUAGCAUCAUGUACAACUACAAGCUAUCAAUCUUAUUUUAGCCAGUGUUUAAGGAGGUAUACUCGUACAAAUUUUAAAAUGGACAAGGCCUUACAGUGUUGCAGUAUUUCACCUCAAACAAUAUAAUCCGAAUUUCUAUUAAACAGAGUUCAAACGGCUAGUUCAUAGCUGAUAUUCAAAUAGGUUUUGAAUAUGUAGUUCAUAUUUGUACCGUAAGUGUAACAGAAAGCCUAUAGUUGUUGCUAUUUGUCCUGAACACAGAAGUACAGUCAUGGUGUAUUAUCGCUAAUGGAUUAAAACUACAAUUGGCCAGAUAAUCCGGAACUAUAGACAGAGUAAAAUAACAAAUUAGCAAAACUUUGGGGCCAAUCAGCUAUGACAUAUGCUUUUUAUUUGCAUAUGAUGGUAUUACAGACUCCCCCAGAGUUGAUGGCAAGUAAUUUUAUAAUAUUUAAAAUGGCUAUUAGAUACACACUGCACUUUUAUCAAACUUGAUUAUAAUAUUAAUUUUGUUGAUGUUAUUAAUUUUAGAAAUGAAGAUCCACUGCCGUACGGGAACAUCAUGUACGAUAGAAGAAUUAUCCGCGGCAAUACAUACGCACAGCAUACCUUACCUGCUGUAAGUCUCUUCAAUGCCUCGAUACUUUGCUCACUAAUUUAUUUUGCACUGGAAAUUUUUGCAAUGAGAAACACCCGUACCUUCCCCCUACCCCCCCACUAUUAUCAGAAAUAAAUUUUCUCCCCAUCUUGAAAAUAAUAAAGCAUGGUGCAUCUGGGCACAAUAAUAGCUUUAUGAGUUGAAGUCCUCUCUAAUUACCCCUGCCCCGAUAUGCUGACCCCCUGGGUCUGCCUUUUCCACAGGUAUAUCUGUAAAGCUGAUGUUAUAUAUUAUGUGCAUUGGACAUCUUGCAUUGACUGUAUAAUACCCUGAAUCAGAGAUGUAAAUAGCACAGUGAUCAGAGUACCACAAGUAUUAUAUACUGUCUGGCAAGGAUCAACACAGUACAAUUAUUGUUUACUAUAGAGUGCUCAGCCAGACCCCAUUGACAUCCAACGUCAACAGGAAGCGAGGCGGCGUGCUAUUGCAAGGAAACGAGCAAAGAAACAAUUGAUCCCCAAGUCUCCUGAGCCGGUGGAAGGAAGAAAACACAUUGAUGUUCAAACAGAGUUGUAUUUAGAAGAACUGAGUGAUAGAGUCGAGGAAGCUGAUGUGGAAACACAGACUGAUGCUUUUCUUGACAGACCACCGUCACCACUCUAUAUCCCAGCUAAAACUGGCAUUGAUGUCGCUACACAGAUAUUAGAAGGCGAGGUACGUCGUAUUUUACCAAAACCAGCCUUUCACCGACAAGCAAACCAAGGCUGGAUUUUUGUAUAAAAGGCCAAAGUCAAUGACAUGCAUGUAGCGUUACAUAUAUGUAUCAGUGUAUUGAUGAAUUAUGACUGUAUACAACUCAUCCAAUUUUACCCUUCAUUACAAUUACUACAAAGUUUCUUUCGAAAAAUUGCAUUAAAAGGGUUACUUGACACAGAGAUUAAUGGCUCUAUCACUGUUUCAAUUUUACACAAAAACUUUCUUACGAAGUGUGGACUCUAAGAAACCAAAAAAUGUCAAAUUUUCACUUUGAUCUUUUGGCUUUUCAGGGGAAGUGCAAACAUUCUCAGGGGAGGCGCAAAACGAUCUCAGAGGAGGCGCGCACCUUCGCUCGAGAUCCAGCCAUGAAACAAAAUUGAAAACAGAUACUUCUAUGACUAUAUAUGUAAAUUUCGGUGAUUUUUGCGCAUUUAAUAUCACGCAAUUUUCGAGUAAUUUCACGCACCUUGAAACUGCGCAAAUAUUCAAACUUUAAUUACGGUCCUUGUAAAAAUGACAUUACAUACAUAACUAGUGUUUCAAGAAAGGCGUCUGACGUUGAUCUUCUUUCUUGUUGUAGUUAUUUGAUUUUGACAUUGAAGUGAAGCCAAUUCUGGAAGUUCUUGUUGGCAAGACGAUAGAACAAGCGUUGUUGGAAGUGAUGGAAGAGGAAGAGCUUGCUAAUCUUCGAGCGCAGCAACGUCGUUUUGAAGAAUUAAGGAAUGCUGAGCUUGUCGAGACACAAAGACUGGAAGAACAAGAGAGACGCCACAGAGAAGAGAAAGAAAGACGAAUGAAACAACAAACUGAUGUUUUAAAGAAAGAAAAAGAAACUGCUGAAAAGAUCGCAGCCAGAGCUUUUGCCCAGGUAGGUAGCUCUCUAAUCUCUCUUCAUAUCACUUGCAUCAUCCUUAAUCUUUAUAUAAUAUAAACCUUCAACGUUGUGUUUUUUUUUCAGAGUUAUUUAGCAGAUAUGGUGCCGUCAGUAUUUGGCUCUCUUAGUGAAAAUGGCUACUUCUACGACCCCGUUGAAAGAGGUAUGUUUUCAAUUCUAUCGAAUUUAAUCAAAACUUGACCAUCCCUAAUCAUUGAUGUUUUUCAAUAUUUGUUAGAUGUCGAGACAUACUUCAUGCCGUGGUUGCAGGGUCAGGUUGAGAGGAAUUUGAAUCGUUACAGAGUCGCUUGUCUUAUGCUCGACUGUAAGUAUCAAGUAUUUCAACUUUCUGCUAUUUGAAAACGGAGUUCUGGCAUUUGAAAAGGGAGUUCUGCUAUUUGAAAAGGGAGUUCUGCUAUUUGAAAAGGGAGUUCUGCUAUUUGAAAAGGGAGUUCUGCUAUUUAAAAAGGGAGUUCUGCUAUUUGAAAAGGGAGUUCUGCUAUUUGAAAAGGGAGUUCUGCUAUUUGAAAAGGGAGUUCCGCCAAUAUUUGUAAAGGGAGUUCUGCUAUUUGAAAAGGGAGUUCCGCCAUUUGAAAAGGGAUGUACAAAACUGAUGUUGCAAAGGUAGAUUGGCUAAAAUUUCAAUGUGCUAAUUCAACUUUUCUUGCAGCAAUGAUAAGAAAUGUCGUGAAACAAAGAAUCGAUUCUUACGAUCAGUUAGAACAACAAUUACUUGAAGCUAUCCAGAGAGAAGACGCAGCAACUGCCGCAGUUGAAGAAAAACUCAGUAAAGAUGAAGUCACAUCUGCAACAGAAGUCGGUCAAGGUAAGAUCUCACCUACAUUUUCCUCCGCUAGUAACACUGGAUCAAUAAGAAGUGAUCCUUACUGGACCUCUAGGAGAAACAGUUUAGAACUGAUAGAACUAUCCAAUAUAAAUAAAGUUAGUUUAGAUUUCCUCCUGUAGUAACACUGGAUCAAUAAGAGAGGAUCCUUACUGGACCUCUAGGAAGAACAGUUUAGACUGACUGAUAGAGCUAUUCAGUAUAAAUAAAGUUAGUUUAGUUUAGGUUUCCUCCUGUAGUAACACUGGAUCAAAAAGAGAUGAUCCUUACUGGACCUCUGGGAAGAACAGUAUAUAUUCCAUUUGAUUUGUUGCUAGGUGACAGCGAAGAUGUCGUGGAAACAGAAGACAAACCGGAAGCAACAGGGGAAGACGAGACAAAAACACAAGAUGAAGAUACCGCUGAACAACCAGAGGAAGAUAGCGCUGAACAACCAGAGACAAUUGCGGAAGAGUCGGAAGUGACUGAUCAAAUAGACGAACAAUAAAACCCUGUAUAUAUUUAUAUUCCAGGGUUGUAUAAUCUUAUAUUGACCUUUGUAUGUAUACCGCAGUGUAAAUAAUUUGGAAGAAAGUUCUAACGUUGUAAGCUUGGGGCAUUUCAAUAGAACUUAAAAACAUCAGUUCUUGGAUUUACCUUCUCUCUUAUCAGUGCAUAAAUUUAAAUUGGUUUUCAUCAUAUUUAUCCCGUCAUUCAUAGGAUUAAAUUUGUAAUUUCUACUCCACAAAAUUGCUGUUAACAAUCCAAAAUAUAUAUUACAUAUAAAAUUUACAAUUUAAACUCUGCUUAAUAAUAAAAAGUACGUUAGACCUCCAGAUUCCAACCAAGUGGAGCUCAUCCAACAUUUUGUUUGCACUACAGCAAAAGAUUCUGGAUUUGAUAAAGUUUUCGGAUAAGUUAACCGUUUACACAACAGCAGUAUGAAGACAGGAUUCGGAUGGGGGGCACAUAUUGCAUGGAUAAUAAAAAACGUUUUAUAUAAAUUGUGGUGAAUUAUAAAACAUUUCAUGAUGGAAUCUUUUACUCAAGUGUAAACGAGGUCAGGUGUUCACGAGAAAGUCGCAACAUCAUUUCGAAGUGUGAAAGUUGAUCCAAGAGCGGGAUUUGAACUCCUCGGGUCUGUCGCUAUAUUAAGCUGUCGUAAUGUUCGUAAUCAUUGUUAAAUCCAGGCAUUACGUCAUACUCCCCAGUGUCCAUAACGCUAAUAAAAUAUUCGCAGCUAGAAGAAAUGUUCCUGCUGUUAAAACAAUCUUACAUAAUCUAUUUCUCGUUCUUACAUCGGGAAGAGAUUGAGAAAGUGUGUAGUCCACUAGCGCAUAUAAUAUCCAUUGACCAUCUAACCAGUAACACGGCGCAGCAUUGAGUAACGCCAGGGCGCUCGAUAGUGAAAUUAUAUAC